CAGGCCAACUUCCCCAAUCUUCGUCGCCUCUUCAUCGAGGCCAGGACAGACAGUGAAGAAAGAGACGUGUCCAGAAAAGCAUUCUACAACGCCGUCCUGUUCCUAAGUUCCGUCGCAGUCUUCAGCCUGAUAGCUCAGAGAAUGAACGCCACAAAGUAA